UCUCAACUCUCUCUCUGCUCUCCUUCCGAGCUAGCUCUUACUAAGUGUCGUUGUCUCACAUAUACUUCACACAAACAAGCAAAGACACACACAACUAUUUCACUCUACAAACUUGUCAUAUCUUUCUUUUCUUUCUUCCUUCCUUUCUUUCCCAUCCUUUUGAAACCCAAAACUAUCAAAUUUCUUCAACCACCCUCAAAUUUCAUUCUCUCAUCUCAAUCAAAAACCAACUCCAAAUUCCUAGCUAUAGAUGGAUAGAUAGAUAGAUAGAUAGAUAGAUAGAGAAGUUUUCACAAAUUUUAUGAUACCAUUUUCUUUGUUUAGUUUAUCAACAAAAACAAACUAGCUAGUAUUAACAAUCAAAGAAGAAGAAGAUUACUAGCUUAGGCAUAUCGUGUUGGUUAGGUUUGGUGUUCUAUAAGAGUAGGAGUAGGAGUAGGAGUGGUGAUGGAACUGUUUCCAGCACAACCUGAUCUAUCACUACAAAUUAGUCCUCCCAGUAGUAAACCAACAUCUAGUUGGAGAAGAACAACAACAAGAGAUGAUGAUGACGAUGAAGAAGAAGAGAUGGAUCUAGGGUUCUGGAGAAGAGCACUGGAUUCUAAUAAUACUGCUUCGACUACUGCUGCAAAAUCUGAUACUUCUUUUGAACUUUCUUUAACAAAUCAUAAUCAUAAUCAUCAUCAUCAUCCAACUAGGGUUUCAACAGAAUCUAACUUUAACAAUCUUCAUAUUAAUCAUCACCAAGGAAAUCUUAUCCAACCUCAUCAUCAACAUCAAAAUCAUCAUUUUCAUCAUCAUAAUCAUAACCAACAAUUCCAACAACAUCAUAAUCAUCAACAAGCUUAUUAUCAACAACAGCAGCAGAGCCAGCAAUCAUUUCAUAAUCACAGUCAUCAUCAUCAUCAUCAGGAACUAGGUUAUUUAAAACCCAUAAGAGGAAUUCCAGUUUAUCAUAAUCCAAAUUCUUCAUUUUCUUUUGUUCAUCAACAACCAUUUGAUACUUCUAACUCUUCUCCUUCAAGUACAACUACUUCAACUUCUUUUCAAUCCCAAAAUCAUCUUAUGAGAUCAAGAUUUUUAACAAGAUUUCCGGCUAAACGAAGUAUGAGAGCUCCUCGAAUGCGAUGGACUACUACUCUUCAUAAUCGAUUCGUUCAUGCUGUUGAGCUCUUAGGUGGUCAUGAAAGGGCUACACCAAAAUCAGUACUUGAACUUAUGGAUGUUAAAGAUCUCACUCUAGCUCAUGUUAAAUCCCAUUUACAGAUGUAUCGAACGGUAAAGACCACCGACAGACCUUCCGCUUCUUCGGGUCAUUCUGAUGGAUUUGAAAAUGGGUCAGCCGGAGAAAUAUCUAACGAUGUCGCGCUUGAUAUUCAGCAUCCUCGUGUAUCUGAACUAUCAGUGCAACAUGGAAGACCAAAUAAUAACAUGAACCAAGAUCAAGAUUAUUGCAGUCUCUGGAGCAAUUCCUCAAGUAGAGAAGCUUGGUUGCAUGGCAAAAGGAGAGAUCAUUUUGGAGGGACUGCACCCCCUUUUGAGAAUGAUAUUGACCCGAAGUGUUUAAGCCAAGAGAGAGUAUCAGAUUUGAACUCAACAGCAAGUCUUUUAGGGACUAGCCCCAAGAAACCUAACUUGGAGUUUACAUUGGGCAGACCCCAUUGAUGAUGAUUUUAAUGAUCAUUAUUAUAUGAUGAUGAUUUUGUCAUGACUUACUGCUACUUACACUUACUACUCAUUUUGAACUCAUUAUAUAAAAUCUAUGAGAAGAUCAGUAUGGUUGAUGUUAUAGGAAUCAGGUACCCACUUCAUCAAAAAUCAGAGAAGAAAAGAAAGAAAGACAAGGAGACAAAAGAGACAGGAAAAGAAAAGGAAAAAAGAAAAGGGUUGAAAGAAAGAAAAGUUGAAGUCAUUCUUCCUCUAGCAAAGCUGUGUAAGACUACCUCGUGAAUUCCAACAUAUUAUAUAAUAAUAUUAUAAUAUUCUCUUAAGGUAAAUAUAAUGAAGAAAAAGAAAAUCUACAUUGAUUUUUAUAUGUUUUUGCUGUUGCAAAGGAAUGAGAAAAAGAAUAGAGGAAAAAGAAAGAAAUCCAGAGAUCAUUAUUCUUCAACUCUUUAAGUUAAAGUGUUUUAUGAGGGAAGAAGAGAUCUUACUUUUGUUUGUUGUAAUGGAGGAUGAAGAACUUUUUUUCCAUUUUGUAAUGGGGCCUUUUUUAAGUUUCCUGUAACAAUUGGAUUUUAUAAAUGUGGGUUUUGGUUCUUUUUU